AUGUCCAGUAUCAAGCUGUUCUUCCUCCAAGCCUCACGCUCGAUCCGUACUGCCUGGCAACUUGAAGAGCUGGGUCUCAACUAUGAACUCAAGUUCGCACCUCGAGAAAAUGGCGUUGCUCCUCCGGCGUUCAAGAAAGAGGCGGGCGGUCUUGGAAAGUUUCCUUCACUCGAAGAUGAAGGCAUAAUGUACUACGAAAGUGGCGAUCCGCAACGCUACAAAGCACUUCAAUGGGUGCACGCUUCCGAGGGCAUGUUCUUGCUCCACGGUCUGGCUUGUCUGUACGCGAAAUGGUUUCAGCAGGAUGGCGAUGUUCAGAAGACUCAAGAAGGCAUGAGCAAGAAUUUGAUCAAGGAUAUGGACUACUUGCAAUCUGAGCUGGAGAAGAGUAGUGGGAAGUUUUUGCUUGGGGAUAAGCUCACAGUGGCGGAUGUCAUGAUGCACUUCUCCGCCCGAUUCAUCAUUGUGAGAGAGCUGGGCACAAUGGGAAAUAGGUGGCCUAAGAUCGAAGAGUGGCUGGACCUUUGUGAGGCUCAGCCAGCAUAUCAGGCUGCUGUCAAGAAGACUGGACAUCAGCUGUGA